AAACACCAAGAGUGAAUAAGUUAUCAAUGUUCACGUUAAAGUGUUUAUCGUUCGUAAUCGUUUAGAGAAGAAAGUCUGAGAAAUUUCGCAAAUACACGGCUUUCGCAAAUCGCAACCCCCCCUGGCAUGUUAUCAUCUCAGUUUAGAGUUCAUAAAAAAAGUUCAAGAUGGCAGACGCCGUAGCGGUGCACAGGAAAUAUCUAAAAGCUGCUGUAGGUGCCUUAUGUUCGGAGAAGGGUUAUGACUCUAUAACUAGACAAGCUAUUGAAACUUUGACUGAGAUGAUUCAAAGUUAUAUUGGUGAAAUAGGACGGAGCUCAUUGGCAAUUUGUGAACUUUCUGGGCGAUCAAAACCUACUCUGAAUGAUGUUAGGUUGGCUCUGGUUGAAAUGGGCCUAGAUGUGGAUGGGCUAAAUACCAAUUUGCAACCAACAGCAAAAGCAUUUUUAAUACCAAGACCCACAGUUAGUCGACCAUUUCAGCAGCCCAAGCCUCUUCAGUCAGGAACGAAAGAAGGUCGACCAGCAUAUGUUCCGAACUAUCUACCUUCUUUUCCAGACCCGCAUUCAUAUGUUAAAACGCUGACAUAUCGCAGAGAAGCGGACGAAUACGAAAAAUGCCGGGAAAAAUAUGCUGCGAUGCGCCGAGAUGUGGAAACAGGACUCGCAAAAUUUUUAUCCAAGACAUCAAUUUCUGAACCGAUUGUGAAAAACUGCGCGAACUCUCAGGACUAUUUAUUAAUUGUAAACGAGCCGGCCACAUUGCCAUAUCUGACCGCCUUGAUGCCUACUGCUGAAGAUGCCAUCGUGCCAGUGAAACCAGACAAAACACCGCAGGAUUCCGAGGAAAGCACGAGCGAGAAGCCUGUACAAGAACCUAUGGAUAAUCCGUUCCUUAAACCGCCUAAGAGGCGGAAAACGACGGCAAAAUCGUAGGCAAAAUUGUAACAUAAAAAAUCCCGCUCUGUCAAAAUAUAGCGAUUGUAAAUAUGUACUCUAGCCUCGACAUCCAGCGUAAAGAUGCUGCGCAAAUCUUGCUCUCCUUUUCACUAAUUCCUUUAGAGGACACCUUGAAAAUGUCAACGAGCCAUUUCAUCUCCAUCCGUUGUUUUUAUAACCAUGCAUUUAGUGUUGAGGACUGCAGUAUCGUAACCGGUUAACCGCUGUCGGCGUCGCAGGAAAAGAGAAAAACAGUGACGUCAAUCUGGCGUCAGAAAAUGUCAAAAUCCGCCAUGUUUUUUGCUUUAUUUCUAGGUUGCGUAAGUGAGAAUACAAGUGAUCACUGGAAGGAAGCGAGAGUGCUUCCUUUAUACAAAGCGGCACUGAAACUUAUCUAGGCAACUACCGACCUAUAGAAAUUAUACCAGCCUUGUACCCAGGCGAUUUUUAAAAAAACAAAGGUUAAAGGUUUCAUUCAGCUAAUUUAGAGAUCAUAUUGUAGCUGAAUGCAACCUUUAUAACCUUGGUUUUCUAAAAAAGCGCCUGGGUACAUAACCGCUCUAGAUCAUUCAUAGCACAUUAACAGCACUCCUAAGCCACGUUUACACUAGAGGCCUAGAUCUGGCCUGGAUCAGGUCUAGGACAAGUCUAGGUAAUAUGUGACACGUUCACACUGUCUUUCCUGCUGGAUGGUAUCGGAUAUCCAAUAUUAUACAAGCCGCGUUUGCACUAUAGAGGCCUAGAUCAAGUCUAGGACAUGUCUUGGUUAUAUGUGCCACGUUCACAUUCACUGCCUUUCUUGUUGAUGAUAUCGGAUAGCCAACAUAAUUGACAAAAUACUUGGAACAUGACCGAAAACAUGCCGAAAAGUGGUAAUACUAGUAUGGAUCAUACUAAUAAGUUGAAAAUAGAUCAGGAUUAGGUAAAACCCAUUCACAUUACAAAAAUGGUGCUCCAGGUCAGGUAGUAGAGCCGGCCAUUUGUAUCCUUAAGGCUGGUUUACACUAGCAAAGUUUCUGUGGUCAAAGUAUACUUUGAUCACAGUAUUUGAAAAUGUAAACAUCCUUCGAAGACAUCGGUCACUUUGAAGUUCUUUGACGGAAGACUUUGAACACAGACUUUGGGCACAGAAACUUUGCUAGUGCAAACCGGCCUUUAUUUCGCGUACACACGAGCAAAUAAAACUUAGCAAAGAAAACUUGCCCGUCUGGUCUGUAUUGGAUUUUACUAAGCGUUUUCAAAACCUUUAUCACAAAUCUCUUUGAAUACAAUUUUGACACAAAUAA